CUAUGGAAACCAUCUCUCCAUGCCCAUGGUCAGAGUGAGAAGAGGCUUUGUAAUACUUGCAGAAGUAAACACAAUAAAAAUUUCAAGUUGAAAAAACCCCUAGUUUUCCAAUCCGGGAAGAUUUCCCCAUAUUUGUAAGUACAUGCUGUAAGUUAAGUUUUUUGUUUUUUUACAUCACUAUGAAUGCCAAAAACUUCACCGCAUUUGCCACGAGGAAGAGAAUUCGAGAAAGAGAUAAUUCCCCCGACAUGUUUGCUGCUGCCGAUGAAGAUGAGGAUGUCAUUUCUUCUGAUAAAGAAACUAAACAAGACUCCAAGAAAUCGUUAAUUUGCAAAACUCCUUCUAAAGAUUUAACAAAAUUGCGCCCUUCAUCCAAAUCCUAUCUUCAAUCCCAACAAUCUUCUAGAGAGCAGAGCCCAAAACAGAACAUUUUGUUGUCUUCCUCAGUGCAACAUCAUGUCAACAACAAUCAAUCUAUGCUAUCAAGUGACUCAAAAGUUUUAGGUGAUUGCUCCAUGAGUUCAUUAAGGAGUACAUUAAACACCAACCAUUUUGGGUUAAAUAGUCGAUUGAAAGAAGCUCUACACUAUGGUGGACUGAAUAAUACAAGAAUUGGGUGUUCCAGCCGUUCCUCAUCUGGUGAAACUCCUCCUAUUUAUACAUUAAAUAAUAGCAAUAUCCUCCCUUCCCAAACAUCAAUUCACUGUGGACCUCACUAUGGGCUUUCAGUUGGGGUAUGGCAAGCAAUCCAGCAAACAAAAGGAAUCAACAGUUUAUACGACUGGCAAGAUAAAUGUUUAAACAAAGCAAUCAAAACCAAUCAGAACUUGCUCUAUUCUUUGCCAACUUCUGGUGGUAAAACUCUUGUUGCAGAAAUAUUGAUGGUCCGUGAACUGUUAUGCAAUCAAAAACAUUGUCUAUUCGUCAUGCCUUACGUCAGCAUUGUUCAAGAGAAAAUUCGGACACUGUCAUCUCUUGCCAUAGCCUUGAAUUUUGCCGUGGAAGAGUAUGCCGGAAAUCGGGGCUCGUAUCCACCUCGGAAACGGAAAUCGAAACGCGUCAUUUACAUCGCUACAUUAGAAAAAGCUAAUGGAAUCGUCAACAGUUUGCUGGAGCUUGGAAGAUUGAAUGAAAUUGGAUUGGUUGUAGUGGAUGAGAUUCACAUAGUCGGCGAAGGUAAACGUGGAGCAACGCUCGAAACUUUACUCUGCAAACUUCUUUUGGCUCCUGUAGGUCCUCGUUUGGUCGCCAUGAGUGCAACCAUUGGAAACAUCGAUGAAUUGAGUAAUUUUCUCAAGGCUGAAAUUUACACGGAGGACUUUCGACCAGUCCAACUUAGAGAGUUCAUCAAAACUGGAGAUCAGGUACUUGAAGUGAGUGGCAGACAGCGUGGAUUCCAGGAGAAUUUCAAGCAUUGCCGUUCGGUGUCAUCCCAAUCGGCAGAAUCUCGUAAAAACGAUCCUGAUGGCAUAAGUGUCCUGGUUUCAGAAGUUGCUCCAGAACAUUGUUGUCUAGUCUUUUGCUCAACCAAAAAGAAUUGUGAAAGUGUGGCCAAACUCAUCAGUAGCAAUUUGUCGCCUAACCUACUGCAAUGGAAAACGGCCGAGAAGUUAAAACUACGAAGAGCUUUAGAGCAAGAAAGCGGCAGACUUUGUCCAAUUUUGAAAUCUACUUUACCUUUUGGAAUUGCUUAUCACCAUUCCGGACUCACUGCGGAUGAAAGACAGUUAAUCGAAGAAGCAUUUUCAUCCGGAACACUUUGUUGUCUAUGUUGUACCUCGACACUUGCUGCUGGAGUCAAUUUGCCAGCAAGAAGGGUUAUAUUGAGAUCGCCUUACAUAGGAAAUACCCGUUUAACACGAGCUCGCUAUCAGCAGAUGAUUGGUCGAGCUGGUCGAGCUGGUUUUGAUACACACGGCGAAAGUUUCAUGAUUGUUAAACCAAAUGAAUUAACUUUUGUAACUAAUGACAUUCUCAUGGCACCGACAAAUCGCGUCGAUAGCCAGUUGGCUGAAGACAAUCUUCGUGGGUUACAGCAGCUGUUGCUAAGUCUUAUUUCGCUAGAUCUUGGCGGAAGAGACCGUAAAACAUUGGCUGAGACUCUUCUUUAUUCUACGUUGCUUGGACAACAGAGUACCCGUCAAACUAUUACUGCGACAGAGCUUGUUGACCAAAGUUUGAAAAGCAUGGCGGAAAAGAACUUGAUAUUAUUUGGCAAAGACGAAAAGCUGGAGGUAACGAAACUUGGCCGAGCUACACUGAAAGGUAUCGUCGAUUUGGACCGGUCAAAGCAACUUUAUAAUGAUCUGCGUCUGGCCCAAGCUGGUCUUGUUCUGAUGACGAAACUUCAUUUGAUGUAUCUCGUGACCCCGUAUGACAUGGUCGGUACUGUGAUCCCUAUAGCAUCAACCUACUUCCAGUCAUUUAAUAAGCUGUCCGCCGAGGAACUUGGUGUAGCCAGAACGAUUGGCAUCAACGAAACGGUUAUGGUUAAACUAAUGUCAAACCAACAACCGAAAAUAGAACGCUCUGUUUUAGAACGCUUCUAUUUAACCCUGAUGCUCAACGAUCUGUUCAAAGGAGAAUCAGUAUGGAAUGUGAGUGAAUUGUAUGGCUGUACACGCGGAGACGUCCAGAAUUUACUUUCCAGCGCAUCAAGUUUCGCUUCAUGCGUUUUCCACUUUGUUCAAGAAUUGGACGAGUUUUGGGCUUUUUCUGACUUGCUGCUUCCUUUUAGUCGCGAGCUGUCUAUGUGUUGUACUGCUGAAUUGAUCCCAUUGAUGGAGUUACCUUCAGUUGGCAAAGGUCGAGCGCGAAUGUUAUUUAAAGCGGGAUUUCGAACGCUGACUGACGUUGCCAAGACCAACCCAGAGGAACUGGUAUCUCGUGUAGAACACUUGCCGAAACGGAGCGCAUUGCAAAUGAUCGCCGCAGCCAAAGUACUCGUCUACGAAAAAGCCGAUGCCUUAAGAGAAGAAGCCGAUUCUUUACUGGAAUUGGUUCCCAGACCUCAACCACUUGUUCCACUUGACGAAACUUUUCAGACACAAGCAAGCAAUGUAUCUCUUCUUGAUGAUUGAAAAUUUAUCUAGUCCAUGAAUCAUUUUUUCUGUAAAAUUUUCUAAUGCGCGAUUGCCCCUAAAGUUGGCACGUUUGAUUUACAAAUACAAAAUCUUUUGUUUAUUA